AUGGAGGGAAGCAGCCAGCAACAGGAGCCACGCAAGUCAGUGUGCAUCGGCUCGCGCGACAGCCAGCUGGCCCUCGUGCAGACCAACUACGUGAAGGCCCAACUUGAGGCAGCGCACCCAGAUGUUACCUUCACCUUGGAGACCAUGAAGACCAUGGGCGACAAGAUCCUCGACGUCGCACUGGCCAAGAUUGGCGACAAGGGCCUGUUCACGAAAGAGCUGGAGCUGGGCAUGCUCCACGGGCACAUCGACAUAGCUGUCCACUCUCUGAAGGACCUGCCCACUCGUCUGCCCGAAGGCCUCAUGGUCGGCGCCAUCCUCGAGCGCGAGACGCCGAACGACGCGGUGGUGGUUAAUCCCAAGCACGUCGGCAGCACGCUGGCCACCCUUCCAUCAGGCGCCGUCGUGGGCACCUCGUCGCUUCGCCGGCGAUCGCAGCUGACCCGCGCCUAUCCUCACCUCGUCUUCAAAGAUGUGCGAGGCAACCUUAACACGCGACUGCGCAAGUUGGACUCGGGCGAGUACGAUGCCCUCAUCCUCGCGCUGGGGUGGGGUGAGAGGAUCGCAGAGGUGCUGACGCCCGAGCAAUCGCUUCAUGCCGUGGGCCAGGGCGCCCUCGGUGUCGAGUGCCGGGCCGAGGAUCCCUACAUCCUGUCACUCCUCUCCAAGCUGCACCACGAGGAGACGGCGCUGUGCUGUCGGGCCGAGCGAAGCUUCCUGCGGGAGCUCGAGGGCGGGUGCCAGGUGCCGGUGGGCGUGGCCACGAAGCUGGACGCGGAGAAGGGAACCAUCUUCCUGCAGGGCGCCGUGCUCAGCGUCGAGGGCGACCAGUGCGUGGACGGCCGGUUCGAGGGUCCGGCCAGCGACCCCGAGGCCGUGGGCAUCGCCCUGGCGCGGGACCUCAAGUCCCGGGGCGCCGACGAGAUCCUUCAGAAGAUCUUUGCCCUCGCCCGGCAGUGA